UGGAUGCAAAGAAUGUGGGUAACUCUGGAGUAUUCGCAGUCGCGAGCCGCAUGCAUCAUGGAUCGGUCCAAUAAUAUCCGAAGGUCUCCAGAAGGCACUGGCCCUUUCGCUCGAGACACGUUCUCCCACCUCAUCAGCGGUGCACACAAUCAGUUGGUAGGUCUCUUUCGCUACGCCAAAACUUCUGCAACGACCCUCAGCCAGCCUGGCGAGUUCCUAGGUGGAAUAGCUGCUACAGAGAGAGGUAUAACUAGACUGUGUCUCGGUGAAGCUAUGGAGUUGAUCGCGAGAAAACAAUGCCAGGUAUUUCGAGACCGCUUCCUUGCCAUUCAUGUCCUCAUGAACCGAGACAUGUUGCCCAACGACCCACCGCCAAUCCCACGGCUUGACACCGAAGCCUGACGAUGGGUGUGGCGAGAUGCGUUGUCUAAAGGCGACUACUCAGCCCUGCUUCUCAAGCCUCAGGAAUGCACCCCAUCCUCAAAUCCCAGACCCGAAUUUCCGUCUUGGUUGGUUGGCUACCAGAGUCUAGAAGGAGCGGAAUGGGUUGCGGGUAACCAGAUCUCGGCUCCGGAGCGACCGCCCGUAAUCCAGGAGGCAGUGAAGGUGCUGCUAGACCUCGUGGGUAAGAUAGAGAAGAUCCACUAUCUGGAGGUGGAGGAAUCCGGAGAAGUGGGCGGCGUGGA